AUUCCUUCUGCUUGGCUUGGGUUCGGGCUCGUGGUUGAAGAUGAUUCUGAAUGGCCGAACUUUCUAUGCUCAAGUUAUUAUUAUUAACUUCUGGUUGCUGUUUAGUUGUAGCAUGGUCUUAGGGACUGCCACUGAUAUCUUCUGCUUGAAAAGCAUAAAGGGUUCACUUGCAGACCCAUAUGGUUAUUUGAAAUCUACAUGGGAUUUCAGCAACAUCACAGAAGGAUUUAUUUGCAGAUUUACUGGGGUUGAAUGUUGGAACUCUGUUGAGAGCAGAGUCAUGAAUCUCAACUUGUCAAACAUGGGACUCAAGGGCCAGUUUCCUCGCGCAAUUCAAAAUUGCUCCCGCUUAACAGGAUUAGAUCUCUCAAAGAACACACUUUCUGGGAAAAUUCCCGCAGAUAUUGAUGUUCUUCCAUAUCUGGUAACCGUUGAUCUAUCUUCCAAUAAUUUUUCUGGCAGAAUCCCCAAGAGCGUCGCAAAUUGCAGAUAUCUGAAUUCCCUUAAACUCGAUCAUAAUCAACUCAGUGGGAGAAUUCCUGGAGAACUGAGCUUCCUCAGAAGGCUCAAGAUAUUUACUGUGACGAACAAUCUUCUGAGAGGCCCAGUUCCAAACCUCCCUCAAGUCCCAGCUACGAGCUAUGCAAAUAAUUCAGGACUCUGUGGUGGUCCCUUACCACCUUGUUCAUAAUACUGUGUUGUUAGCCUUUUAAUAAUUACGCUGUGCCUUGCAACAGAGUUAGAAGUUAGAACAGCCUAUAUAUUUCCCUACCAACACUUUAAAUCAUUCAAUAAAGGGAUCCAUGGCCUUAUUGGUUUGUCCACUUUGUAUUAUUUAGUUCUUUGUCUUUAAUCUUCAUCUUGGCGGAUGUUCUUUCACACGUUGUUAUUGUGAAGGAUUAUUAUUAUCCCUAUAUUCAUAGUUAUAAUAUUAA